AUGGCGGGGAACAACAAGAAGAAGCGUUAUGAGUGCGACGUGUGUGGCAAGUCCUGGCAAUACCCGAGCGAACUCCAGUCCCACCAGCGGGUGCACACGGGCGAGAAGCCCUAUAGCUGCUCCACCUGCGGCAAAAGCUUUGCCCAGUCAUCAGGGCUGCGGGUGCACCGGCGGGUGCACAGCAGUGAGCGUCCCUUCCCCUGCUCCGAUUGCGGCAAAGGCUUCAAGUCAUCAUCGGACCUGAAACUGCACAGGCGCCUGCACACCGGGGAGCGGCCCUACACCUGCAGCGACUGCGGCAAGGGCUUCACCUGCUCCAACAGCCUGCUGGAGCACCGGCACACUCACACCGGCGAGCGCCCCUUCACCUGCGCCCAAUGUGGCAAGAGCUACACCCGCUCCUCCAGGCUGCUGCAGCACCAGCAGGUGCACACCGGCGACCGGCCCUUUGGCUGCUCCACCUGCGGCAAGAGAUUUUUCAAUUUGAGGAGACUGGGGCAGCACCAGUGGGUACACAGCGGAGAGCUGCCCUUCAGCUGUUCCGACUGCGCCAAGGACUUCAAGACGGCGCAAGAGCUGGAGAUCCACCGGCGGGUGCACACGGGCGAGAAGCCCUAUGGCUGCUCCACCUGUGGCAAGAGCUUUGCCCGGUUGUCGGGGCUGCGGGUUCACCGCCGGGUGCACAGCAGUGAGCGGCCCUUCACCUGCUCCGACUGUGGCAAAAGCUUCAAGUCGUCGCCGGAACUGAAGGCACACAGGCGCCUGCACACCGAGGAACGGCCCUACACCUGUAGCGACUGCGGCAAGGGCUUCACCCGGUCCACCCAUCUGCUGACUCACCAGCAGGUGCACUCUGGCGAGAGGCCCUUCGGCUGCUCUGACUGCGGCAAGGAUUUCAAGGGGGCGCAAGAGCUGAAGAUCCACCGGCGGGUGCACACGGGCGAGAAGCCCUAUUGCUGCCCCACCUGUGGCAAGAGCUUUGCCCGGUUCACGGGGCUAUCGGAGCACCGGCGGGUGCACAGCACUUCAAGUCGUCCACGCAACUGA